AUGAAUACACAACUCGUAAUCAGUGACAAUGCAGCUUUAGCCCAAGUCUGACUAGCUGCUCACUGGGAAAAAAAGCUUACUAAGAAUAUCAUAAAAAACCACAACAUCACAGAAUCCAUAGACGUAAUAAAAUCUCCUCAAACUCAAAUUCGUCUUCGAGUCUCUGGGUACCUUCUCAUCGGAAUAAUCAAACUUUUUUACCGUAAAGCUCUCCUAAUCCUCUCAGAAGUCGAAUCCUUAAUCGACGACGUCACCACAGGUAAGGAAAAAUCUAAAAACGCUAACACAAAAGCUACCUCAACUGACAUAACUAUGUCUAAUAAAAAGCCCAAGCCUUUAACAUACUUUGAAAACUCUUUAUCGUCUUCUUCUUUACUUCAAAGUGCCAGAUCCAGCGUUGAAAUUGCUAGAAAUCGAGCUUCAAAAGAUGAAAUUACAUUAAAAGAAAUUGAAUAUACGCCAAGAUACUCAAGAUAUUCGACUGGUAUGAAAAGUGUUGGGGAAUUGGAUAUCACUGAUAAUUUUCUAUUUGACGUAGCUUCUAGUAUGAAAUUUGAUGAUGGAAUGCAGCUUGACACAAGUAUGGUAGGGCCUGAUAUCGAUGUAGAGAUGAAUGAUUUUCAAAUGCCGCAGCCAGUGCUAGAAAGGACGGAAGAGAAUGCUGACAAAAUUAGCUUGGCAACUCCUAAAAUAGCAAUAAAAAAAAGAAAAAAAACAGAAAAAAUAGAAAAACACAGGAGCAUGAAAAAGCAUUGGAUUGAUGAUAAAGAGACAAUAAUGACACAAGAAUAUGACAAUUUAUAUACAAGUGAAGGGGAGAUAUUGAAAAUGCAUAGUAUGUUUACAGUAAAAGAGUAUAGGCUAGAUGCUAUCAGCUUAUUUCAAAGAGCAAUAAUUCCUGAUCUUCCAGCUGAGCUUAAAGAAUUUUAUGAUGGAACUGGGAAGUUUCCAGUGAAAAAGCAAGAAGAGCAGCCUAUUUUAUAUGAACCUGAUGACUUUGAUGCGAAUCAGUUUAACCCGUCAUCACCUAUUGAGCCUUUAGACGAAAAUUUCCCUAUAAAUGAGCCAAUUGAAGAAUUUGAGCCUGUAAUUCCGCCAUCUCCGCCUGUAGUAGAUACAAGAGAAGAUUGAAGUCAAAGAUCAGCCAAAAUGCUGGCACUUUUAAAGCAAAAUAUGAAAAAAAAUAAUAUGAUUGGGUAUAACAGCUUACUCUUCCUCUUGGUUACUGUGCAAAAAAUCUAGCUUUUUAAUCAAGUGGAUUAAUUUUUUGCUUGAAAAAUUUUAUACAUAAUUCGAAGAAAAACAUUUUUUUCUUAUAUUUUAAUUUUUAAAUAUUUGAAAUUAAAAAAUCUAAUUUAAUUGUUGUUUUAAAAUAUUAAUAUAUUUGACUGUUUUUUCAUUGUCUUAAUCAUUUAAUUAUAUAUUAAACAUAUAACUUGCACCAAAAAAUUAUAUAAAAAAUAUUCUUCUCACUAACUCAAGGAGGAGUUAGCAAAAAACAAAGAAAGAAAAGUAGUUGCUGGAGGCUUUUAUGAGUUGCUGAUUAUUGCUAAUAAAGGGUAUAUUAAAUUGACCCAAGAUCGGCAGUUUGCAGAUUUAAAGAUUAUAAAAACUGAGAAGUUUGCAAGUGCUAAUGUGUAA